AUGACCGUCACACACGACACACUGCCUCCCAAGGCACUUCUCGAAGCCCCGAAUAAAAGUCACCCUAUUCCAGACGCUGCAGGGAGACUCGCUGUCUACGUGCAGAGCGCUUACUCUUUCCAGUCGCACUCUAUGCAAAAGCAAAUUCGCGUGAUAGAUCUGAAGACACUUCACCGAUCAUGGCCUAUCACUGAGAAUAUCACCGCAAAUUAUCCGCAGUGGCUCGGUAGCAGUGGCAAGCUCGUCUGGCUUGAAUCAUCACAGAAUGGACAUACCAACCUGGCUAUCCGUGAUGCACGGCUUGUGGAUGAUGAAUAUGUAGCAGGCACUGUACCUGGGCAUAUAUCAAAUCUGAGAGUUACCAGAAUGCCAUUUAUUGGAGAUACUGAUGAUGAUCUAGGAUUCGCGGUAGUAGGUAAAGUCAACACCGACGGUUCUCUCUUCAACCCUAUGGACCAGAUCUCAAACUCCGGCAACUGUAUUGGUCAUUUGCAUACAGGAUUUCCUCACACAAAUUCGGUUACAAGCCCGCAAAAAACUGUUAUCUGGUUUGGGACUCUUACCCGGCCGUCAGAAACGCCCAGUGGUCGCUAUACGAUGGGAAAACUGACGAAUUUAAUGAAUCAUUUCAAACUCACAACAGUGUACCUACGGAUUACCCCUGGUCAAGAAGAGCAUUGUCGUAACUUUGACAUCAAUUCCUGGACUAUAACCUUCGUGGGGAAUGAUCUUGAUGAUUUUCAGCAAAAUAGUUGCUCAUGCUACGUCUGCCCGAUGCUUCGCUGGGACGGUUAUCCACUAGAUAGCCUUUACUCUGCUUUCAGACAUCGAGGUCUAGGAGGUAAUAUCUCAUCGCCUAUUCUGAAACACAAUGACACCACUGUUAUCUUCCUAUCUCAGAAAAGCAAAGGAUACAAUUCUGACAAGAAUCGAAUUAUUUUCAUCUAUAAUAAUCAAACCGGAGAGAGCGAAGAGCUUUUUGGAUCUGACGACGGUGAAGGGCAGUGGAAUUUGAGUCCUAGUGCUAUCGCAUAUGGCAUGGAUAGAUCAUUGCUGAUCCAGGUAGAGGAGAGAGGGCGGCAGGUUCUGUAUAAAUUGGGACUAGAUGGUUGGUGGCCAGACAAACCCACACCAGCUUCGUUAGAACUGUUGAAUGGGUUUCUACUCUAUGGGUCCAUCGUUGACGUUAUAUCAAUAUCAUCUGAGUCUUCCAAGUCCAAAUUGCUGGUUUCCUGUGAUGCUCUCAGCCAUAGUAGGAAAUAUGUUAUCUUUGACCCGCAAUCGCCUGGACAGACUCUAUUUGCUCCUCAUAUCAGUCUUUCCCGCGGCCAGAUUGACGAAAUUUGGCCUCCUGGUGCAAAUGGACGUCAAGUGCAUACAUGGAUCGUCAAGCCAUCUUUCUUUGAGUCUGGUCAAAGAUAUCCGGUGGUUUUGUUCAUUCAUGAUGGACCUCAGGAUGUGUGGCUUGACCAAUGGACCACGAACUGGAACCUGAUUACCCUUGCCGAGCAAGGAUACGUAGUCAUAGCACCAAAUCCCACGGGAAGCAGAAGCUACGGACAAGACUUUACGGAUGCAAUCCGAGGGUCAUGGGGUGGAUUACCGUACGAGGAUCUCCAGAAAGUCUUUGAAUAUCUCAAAAACAAUCUCAACUAUGUGGAUACAGAGAGAGCUGCGGCAAUAGGCCUUGGGUACGGAGGGUAUAUGGUGAAUUGGAUACAGGGCCAUGCAUUUGGCAGACUUUUCAAAGCACUAAUUACGGAUAAUGGCAUCUUCAGCAUGACAACUCAGCUUGCAAGUGAUUUGCAAGCUCUUCGUCAUGAUUUCAAUGGACUACCGUGGGAGCAUCCAUCUGAAUGGGAGAAAUGGGACCCAGCACAGUAUGCUGGUCAUUGGCAAACACCCCAUUUGAUCAUCCACGACAAGUUCAAUCUUCAGCAAUCAUAUGCGCAAGGUUUAGCAUCGUUCCACACCUUAAAGCUGAGAGGGGUUGAAACCAAGUUUCUUAUAUUCCCAGUUGAGAAUCGCCAUCAACAUCCGGAAAACUUGUUGCUGUGGUAUCGUACAGUGAUUGAUUGGAUGAACAAACAUGUCAAACCAAAGAAUAAGGAGUACCGUCUUUAUGAAGAGAAAAUAUCGGGAAUGUCUUAA